AUGCCGGAAAUGGUACGGAAAGCGCAUCACAAGUCGCGUCGGGGUUGCGUGUGCUGCAAGCGACGGCACGUAAAAUGCUCCGAAACACGGCCUCGAUGCGACCACUGUACGCGUCUGGAUAUCGAGUGCACCUGGCCAGAUGGAUCGGAUUCGAACGCAGCACCACCGCUUUCUCUUUCUCGCUGUCAAUCUCUGCCACAAUCUCCUGCUGCGGCGAUUCCGCCCUUCUCGGCGGCCUCGCCCGGCCCUUCGUUUUCAGCUGGCAUCGUGCGAAGCAAAGCACAGCCGGAGCUUUCCAUCAACGAACUCAAGCUGUUGCAUUUUUAUCUGUUCAAUACGUCUGCCUCGAUGGCCGCGCCAAACUUGCAGUAUUUGUGGCAGAAUGUGGUGGUUGAACUGGGCUUCCGRCAUCACUUUCUCCUUCGUGGCAUCCUCGCAGUGGCGGCCAUACACAAAGUGAGUGUCAUCGAUGCCGAGCGGGAAGAACUUCUCGUCCAAUCUGCGUCUCACCUGGAGAGCGGCCUUCGCUCCUUCCGGAAGUGUCUCGAAUCGCCGGUGCCGGCGACGAGCGUUCCCGUCUUUCUCAUGGCAGGGCUCAUGGCCGUUCACAGCCUUGGCACUGCCCAGAUACAUGCGCCCUUGGACCCGAUAGGCGAUAUUUGUACGUGGAUGCGGAUGGUGAGAGGUGUAAAGUCCACCAUUCAUGAGAACUGGGAACUACUGCUAUCUUCCGAGAUUGGAACCAUGCUACGAGAUCACCCGUGUGGCACGGCAGAUUCGACGAGCCUCGUUGAGACUGAUGAUCUGAGGUCUCUGGUGGAGCAGACAGCAGCGCCAGGGUCCACCGAACGCGGCAUCUAUCUGGAAUGCGUCGAUCAACUACGAGCAGUCUUCAUCACUGAUCGUCGUCUCGCUUCUGGCAACAAGAAGUCCUCUGCCUUGGCAAGUACCUGGGCCGCCACCGCUCACGAGGGCUAUUGCGAGCUGCUUGCCCAGCGACAGCCGCUCGCGCUCGUCAUCAUCGCCUUUUUCUCAACUCUAUUCAGUCAUUGCUCCAAUAUCUGGUGGUACCGGAACUGGGACACCUGGAUCUUGAACGCGGUCCGAUCAGAGCUGCCUAUUGAUUACGUGCCUUGGCUGGAAUGGCCGCGAACCCAGAUUGGUUCCAUGACAUCUACGCCAUCGGCUGUGAUGACCUGA